GAUUACCUUUGGAUCUUGUCUGAUUUUACUGUCUUUGCGAUUGAUUUGGCCCUGAUUCAUUGUGGGUCGGUUUAAGAAUUUCUCGAUUUGAUAACUUCGUUCGCUACAUGAAUCAAUUAGUGGCUGAAACCCUCUUUAUAGUCGUGGCUUAUGUUAUAUUAUAUGCUUUUUCUAUGGAGAGAGAUAUGUAUAUCUGGAUGGACCAAUUAGCGUUGUUUCUCUCCUGACAUAAUAUUAUUCAGAUAUUACAAUGCUUUGUUUACCGAAUCUCAAUUUUUGGCUAUUCUGUUUCUGCUUGGUUCGUUAUCUUUAAGCUCUAGUUUGGUGUCUUUUAUAGGGUCCCUCUUUUAUAUUCUAAAGUUCUGUUUUUUGUUUGUUGUUGUGGGUGUGGGUGUGUUUGUUAUAGUCAUGGCAGGAUCGGCAACACAGUUUGAUGAUGCGCGUCAGUUUGAUCAGGCACUCAGUGAAAUCCUGGAAGGACAGGAUGAGUUCUUCACCUCCUAUGAUGAGGUUUAUGAGAGUUUUGAUGGCAUGGGUUUGCAAGAGAACCUUCUUAGGGGUAUCUAUGCUUAUGGUUUUGAAAAGCCUUCUGCUAUUCAGCAAAGAGGAAUCGUACCCUUUUGCAAGGGUCUUGAUGUGAUCCAGCAGGCACAGUCUGGUACUGGAAAAACCGCAACUUUCUGUUCUGGUGUCUUGCAGCAGCUUGACGUCACCCUUGUCCAGUGCCAAGCUCUGGUCUUGGCUCCCACCAGGGAGCUUGCUCAGCAGAUUGAGAAGGUCAUGCGUGCUCUCGGAGACUACAUUGGCGUCAAGGUUCAUGCCUGUGUUGGUGGUACCAGUGUUCUUGACGAUAAGCGUAUCCUCCAAGCUGGUGUCCAUGUUGUUGUUGGAACUCCAGGUCGUGUCUUUGACAUGCUCCAAAGACAGUCACUUCGCUCUGACUGUAUAAAGAUGUUUGUCCUUGAUGAAGCUGAUGAAAUGCUCUCCCGUGGUUUCAAGGAUCAGAUCUAUGAGAUAUUCCAGCUUCUCCCACCAAAGAUUCAAGUAGGAGUGUUCUCAGCUACAAUGCCACCAGAAGCUCUCGAGAUCACAAGGAAGUUCAUGAGCAAACCAGUGAGAAUCUUGGUGAAACGUGACGAGCUAACACUUGAAGGUAUCAGACAGUUCUACGUGGACGUGGACAAAGAAGAGUGGAAAUUCGAAACUCUCUGUGACCUCUACGAGACAUUAGCCAUCACUCAGAGUGUCAUUUUCGUCAACACUCGUCGCAAAGUUGACUGGCUCACAGAAAAAAUGAGAAGCCGUGACCACACAGUCUCAGCCACUCACGGAGAUAUGGACCAAAACACGAGAGACAUCAUCAUGAGAGAGUUCAGGUCUGGUUCUUCUCGUGUUCUCAUCACAACCGAUCUCUUGGCUCGUGGUAUUGACGUGCAGCAAGUGUCUCUGGUCAUCAACUUUGACCUUCCAACUCAGCCAGCGAAUUACCUUCACCGUAUCGGAAGAAGUGGAAGGUUUGGGAGGAAAGGUGCGGCGAUUAACUUUGUGACUCGUGAUGAUGAGAAAAUGCUUGCUGAUAUCCAGAAGUUUUACAAUAUGGUUGUUGAGGAGCUUCCAUCAAACCUAGCUGAUCUGCUUUGAACCCUUGUUUCGCUGAUGAAGAAUAAAAGGUUACUUGUUUUGCAAGGUUCUUGUUUGGUUUUCUAUCCAUCUGUCUUCUCUUAAAGUAUAUUUUACCAACUCUUUGGAACAUAUGUCUCGUCUGACUAAUCUUCAUCUUAAUCUCAUGCAAUAAUAUUUUUAGUUUCUGUUCGUGCAA